GCGGUGCGACAUUGAAUUUCAUUAGCGUCUUCGCAGAGAUCUCGUCAAUCAACCGAAUUCUUAUCUCUCCUUGUCAACUUAAACUUGUCAACCUCGAAAAGUGCAUAAUCAAUCAAUCAAUCAAUCUUCAAACUACGCGAGUGCGCGAGAUUAUCGGACUCGAAACGUUUCUCUGCAAACCGAUUUCCUCAAUUCCGAUUGAAGUACGCUCAGCAAUCUUCCGCAAUUCCAACAAUCUUCACCUCACGAUUGGAUGUUCAGGCAUCUCCCAGAAUGCGAAUGCGAAUGCGGCUGCGGAUCAACUUCACGUUGUUGAUGAUGAACGAGAUAACAUGCAAGAAUCAUGA